UAUAUGGAAUGGACCGAGUAUUAUCUUCAAAAAAGGAUACAGCUUCGCGUCAAGCAUCUAUUCAAGAAGCUUUGAAUUUUCUUCAAGUGCAAAAGACUAGUUCAAGUUCACCUUUAAGUGUACGCAAAGUUGCUUUUAAUUAUGGUAUCGCUGAACAAACCUUGCGUGAUGCUAUAGCUAGAG